UCUGUCGAGCACAUGUGGGGGGUCCGAGGUGGGGAGUUGGCGGUGGCAGUGCGCAACUCUCCUCGGCUGAGGGUGGACCGAGGCGCUGGUGCUGGCGACGAUAGGCAAUUACAAGUAGGGGCCGCAGGUAAAGCGCGCGCUAACCGGAAGGCGCGAAAGGAAAACAGAGGUGGGAGGGGAGUGGGGUGACGUGUGGGAAGGCGUGGGAAGAGGCUACAACAUCAGACGAACGGCAGGGAAGAGUGCAUGGAAUUCCGACGGCUCGGCAGUGGGCUGCGAGACACAGGGAAGUUCUAGUGAGGGGGAGAAAUUUGAGUGCUCAGCGCGCUGCUGUUGGCUUGGUGAUGGAGUGAUGUGAUGUGCUAAAGAACGUGCCGCCUGGUGGAGCAUUUACAGUUACAGCGGAGCAGCUCGCCGUGGCACGAACGGCGGCGGAGGAGGACGGAUGGACGUGACGAAUCACGGCUGAGGAGGGGAGAAGCGAGCGCGACGCUUGACUGACAUGUGCUGGGGGGAUCUGUGGUGUUCACAAGCCCAUUACCCGCGGUAAAGUGGGGCUAGCGUGUGGGUCAGUGAAAAGCUUGAUCAGGGUGGAUUUCAGCAGCAGCAGAAGCGGCAGGAGAGUCGCUCGCUCCUGGAGCGAGUCAAGCUGUCAGCUAUGGCGGUGAGCAAGGGGAGGACGGCGUCGUCAUUGUGUCGACGGUUUGGCUGAAAAUGAAUUGGCACUUGCUUGUGAGAUGCAAAGUUCUUGGUUGCUGAGUCGUUCACGGGAUCGAUUCGUCGCGAUUGAUGCAGAGUUUUGGUGUGUGCGAGUGCGUGUCUGGGAGAGAGAGAGAGAGAAAGAGAGAGAGGAAGAAAGAGAGAGAGAGAGAGAGAGAGAGAGAGAGAGAGAGAGAGAGGUGAGAGCCGAGGAGGAAAGGGGGGUGUAAAAAAAAGGGCCGAAAGCGGACGACAAACGGAAGAGGGGGGGGCGGCGGAGGCGGGAAGACGGGGGACAUCGAGGACGAAAUAGGAAACAGUUUGCUUAGGUGCCACUUCCCUCUCUGGGAGGAAAGUAGUCCGUGGUCUUGUGACAGUAUUUCAACGCGUGGGUGGGGGUCGGAAGUCGGUUGUUUAAUCGCCUCGACUUGAGCGAUGGAGGGAAGAGGCGGAAUGACUGGGAGGAGGGCAGCUCUUAUUCUGGUGACGGUCGCCAUCGCAGCCUGUUGCAUGUUUCAGAACCAGUCAGCUCUGGCGGCCGACCUUAUUCCUACCGGUAGUUCAACCAGUUCCUCCAACUCACCCCCAUCGCAGCCAGCUGCCGUUCUCGGAGGGUCGUCACUUGUCAACGAGACCACUUCUGAGCCUUCAACGCCCGUUCUUUCGCCGAUGGCUAGCACCGCGGCGCCAAGUACUCCAUCACCUACUCUUGUGCCAGGUGGUAGCACGCCUCCUUCUCUUCCGCCUGUCCUGGUUCCUCCUCCGGUGUCGGCGACCAAUCCGGUUGGUAGGGUAACACCGUCCAGCCCAAGUCUUAUUCCUCCGAGCAGUCCGUCGCUCAUCCCUGGCCCCGGGGUCAGCACGGCGCCGAUGUCUGGCCCGAGUACGGUAACCCCGAGCAUCGCUGCGCCCGUCAACCCUGUCCCCAGCAUCCCCAGCCCCCCCAGCUCCCCCAGCACUUUGCCUCAGCUCGUUCCCCCCCCUUCCACCACGGCGCCGAUUAGCGGAGUUUCGCCUGUCCCAACGAUAUCCUUACCACCCCCGGUAUCGAACCCGACGAUCGCCCUACCUGCCCUGGUGUCCGCCUCCUCUCCAUCCAUCAAUGGAACCCCCAUUUCCCAGGCGCUGCCGUCGGUCGCGUUUCCACAAUCCGUCUGCGGAAUAGAGAUUAUUUACACCGCUUUGACACUCAACUCCUCUGUCAAUCCCGAUAAAGACUUCACCGCUCAACUGACCGUCAUCAACAAGGGGAUAAAUCCUGCACGGAACUGGUCCGUGACUCUCCAGUUCGAGUUUGAUGUCCAGAUUAGAGCCGUCUUACCGCCGUUGACGCUUGUGGGAGGCGCCCCCCCGCUGAAGAUCGCGAUAGGGGUGCCGAUAACGCUCAGUGCGUUGGAUACCUAUAAGGUUCUGGAUGGCGCGGCCUUGAACAACACUGCCUUGCCGACCAACGUCACCGGCCUGAUCUCGGGAUCGAUUGUGGGAGUGACUAUGAAGCAGUUCGCUUUGCCGAAAGCGGUCAACUUCACCGCCACGAAAAUCUUCGAAUGUCAGGCUCCCAGUAAGUUGGAGGGGUCGCUGGCGGUUUGCUGCAACCAGUCGUUGUCGCAGACACCUGUGCUGAUCCAGGAGCCGGGGAACACGACCGAGUUCACGGGUGUCGACAUCCUGUGGGACGUCAUUCAGCCCAACGCGUACACGUACUACACGGUGCAGCUGAGGAUAAGGAAUAUGGAUCCUUACAAGAACAUUUUACCGGAGGACUACAGCUGCCCGUAUGACGAAGAGAAGCCGAAUAGCGGCUGGUGUUUGAAGUGGGACUGGAAGCACAACGAGUACAUCUCGUCGGUCGAAGGUUGCACGACGACGUAUAAGGGAGACUGCCAGUCGAUGAUCAACGUCACAGCAAUGGAGAACGUGACGCAGGCGCAUUCGUGCGACCGGUCGCCGACUCUGAUGGACUUGGAGCCGAGGUUCGGUGCCUUGGCGCCGCAGUUCCUCGAUCCGGGAGCGGCGGUUGCCAAGGCGACGCUUGUGAUUGGUAAGCAGGAGUCGGACUGGAAUGACACUGCUGGCUUCUACUUUCCGACGAACUUUUCCAUUGGCUUGCCGAAUUACAAGUGCAGCACGCCGUUAAUGCUCGGGGAGCCGAGCAAGUUGCCGACUUCGGAGGGAAGCAGGCAGAUGAUGUCCGCGUUGAAGUCUUGGUCCGUCUCUUGCGGGCCUGUUUCUGACGUCGUUGAGCCGAAGACAUGCUGCGUGUCACUCUCAGGCGUUUACAACCACACUUUGGCGCCCUGCAUGGCCUGUGCCUGUAACCAGCUUUCGCCGUGUAACAGCGCCAACCCGCCUUGCGAGAUCACCCUGCCCGCGACUCCGCAGCCGGCGUUGGACGCUGUUCUGACCUCGAGCAAGACCGAUUACACACUCCCCGAAGUGCCAAAGAAACUCCUGCAACGGCAGUGCAAGUCCGGGUGCGGGCAGCAGGUACACUUCCAUUUGAGCAAGAUCGAGGGUGGCACGUGGACGAUAGAUGCGCGCGUGGACAACGUGCUGCCGAAGGACUUGGUCAAUUGGAUGGUGGCGGCGCAGUUUUAUCCGAACGUGUCGAAAGCGCUGAUGACAGUGCACUCUGUCAAUAGCACGACGCCGGAUGAGAACGGCAUGAUCGUGUUCUUUGGGUUCAAGGACUACAACGAGUUGCUCAAGUCGGGAGGCGGAAUGACCUGGCAAAUGGUGUUCAACAGUUCGACUUUGCUGGCGGAGUAUCGCCAUGUUGAGACGGAGCUGCUCGAUCCAACUCAGAAAAUCACCGCCGAGGAGGAGCUCGCGACUCGUAUAGAUCAGAGGAUGCUGCCGUUGAAGGUCAUCUUUAUGGGUAAGGAAUGUGCUAUGCCGGAGGCGCGGUAUAUCCCUUCGCUGCCGAGUUUCGCAACUCGCGGCGCUCGCAUUCCCAAUCUGUAUGUGUCGUUGGUCCUAGCGAUCGCCGUAACAUCCCUAUGUCAUAGUCUUUUCUCAUCAUGAAUGUGAGGAGAGCUCCCUUUCGAUCUUCUUGCUUGCAUUUCCUCCUUUCCUUGGUCACUGUCUAGGAUUAGAGAGCUCCUUUUCGUUGAUUUAAUCCAUUUCCGUUCGUCUUUCUCUCUUUCUCUCUUUCUCUUGUCGCCGCCGCCGUUGUGCUCCUUCGCCGCCGACGUUUUCUGUCGGUAUCGGUGCUAGCGCGUGGCUGUAUGGUUGGUGUGCCCUCUCUCAAGGUCUCUCCCCGGAGCACGUCUCUCGCUCGCUCGUUGACUGCGGACCGCGGGAAAGGCUUUCGAUGGCGCUUCCAGCAGCAGCAGACAUCACGCAGCUCGGCUUGGAGUGACGGUGAUGACCCGGUCGGUCGUUUACGAUGAUGAUAAUUUUAGAUGUUGUUGUCUCCCACGCUGCCGCUGUUCGUCGCGCAGUGACGGUGAUGGCCCCAUUUCGGCUAUUUACGGUGAUGAUAAUUUUUAGAUAUUGUUGUCCAUUGGGUCACUGUGAUUUAGCCUGAUCAUGGAGAGAGGACCGACGCUAUCUCGAAGAUUUCAUGUGAGCUUCAUCGGUCCCUCUUUGUGCCACAUCGUCCGGUUGUAUUUUUCUCAUUCUCCUGCUCGCUGUCGCGUCCCUUCUUCCCAGGGUUCUUCGGGGCGGCUCCUUGAUGAGGAGUGGCGGAAAUCUGUGUGUUGAGUGACAGUGAGAUGCCCUUCGCGUGCGUACACGUGUCUCCUCUGUGUGCGCACACGUCGCUGUGUGCGCACACGUCGCUGUGUGCGCACACGUCGCUGUGUGCGUACAUGUGUCUGCUGCGUGUGCUUACAUGUGUCGUGACGUCGCCGGUCUACCGUGCUUCCUCGCGGGCGGAUUUGUGAGUAGUUUGUGAUCGUUCUCAGGGAAAGAAGUAAGACGUUGCCGCCUACACGCCCCAGGAAGUUGGAAAUGUUGUUCUCGCCAAGACUGAUUGGUUUGACUACUGCUGCUCCUGCGAAUGCAUCGAAGUGGCGAAUCCGAAUGAGCAUUCCGGGAAUUGGGGUGGGUGGACGUAAAUAAGCUUUGCCUCGGUGGGAUUAUUUAUGUAAAUUUUCCCCUCCCAAACGUGUUGUUGUGGGUGGCGAGGUGUAAUAAGAGUCUCUAGUUGUUGCCUUUCUCGAGCGCCGCGCUGUAUCUUUCUUGUGUUGAUGGGCGGGACGUCGACUCGAGGAGUAUUUCGCGCGAAGUAAUUGGACAUUGGCGCACCACGUGUAUGGACGUCUAAGCUUAGUGCACAUGGCCCGCCGGAUAAUGUGUUUGUGUGUGUGUGACAGAGAGAGAAGAGAAUGCUUUAAGUGGGGGUAACGACGAUGCUUCGGGAUGAUGUGGUACCCCUUUUCCUAGAGGCCUGGCGUCGGUUUGUCAUUUGCCUGUGGUUGCAGUGGGUCCGGUGAUUGUGGCGGACCUCCUCGUCCUCACCGUGGCUGUCCCGGUGAUUGUGGCGGACCUCCUCGUCCUCACCGUGGCUGUCACAAUGCCCAAAGGGUUAAGCUUCGGUUGUCUCCAGGUGAAGGUCGCGUACGUAUGCACGUCGUUUCGCUGCUGGGUCGAUGGGAUGCAUGUGGAUAUGCAGCCAGCUCCUCCGUGUCGUUUCGCUGCUGGGUUUAAGCCGACGUUUUGCUGCAGGCGUCUGUAGCCGGGAUGUGAAUGUCUUCUGUCGCAACGAGAUGUUAAACUUGUUGGACAAGCUUCUGAUGUUGUGAAACUCUGGAACCGAUGUAAUUUCGUUUUUGGUCGAAUAUGAUGAGAGCUGUUUUUUUCUUGCGUUGGUAGGGAGGUCUAUGGGUAGUCGCGACGGAAGCAAGCAAGAGAAAAGCAGCGAGCAGAGGAGAGAGACACCAGACACACACACAGAGAGAGAGAGAGAGAGAGAGAGAGAGAGAGAGAGAGAGAGAGAGAGAGAGAGAGAGAGAGAGAGAGAUUGUAGGCGGACGAAGCGGCAGAAAUGGCAGACGAUUUUGAAGAGUUGGUCAUAUCGAGAAGAGGGAAAGU